AUGGCGUCCGACGAGAUCGUGUGGUCGAUAAUAAAUCAACAAUUCUGCUCCUUCAAACUCAAGCUCCCAGGCAACAGCGGCAAAGACCAAAAGUCCACCAAGUCCACAUUCUGUCGCAACGAACACAAUGUCACGGGUCUUUGCAAUCGCCAAUCCUGCCCGUUGGCCAACUCUCGGUAUGCCACAAUCCGCGCGGAUCCCACUAAUCAGCGAUUAUAUCUGUAUAUAAAAACGGUCGAGCGAAGCCAUUUGCCGUCAAAAUGGUGGGAGAAGAUCCGACUCUCCUCAAACUACACGAAAGCGCUAGAGCAGAUUGAUGAGAGAUUGAUAUACUGGCCGAAAUUUCUGCUGCAUAAAUGUAAGCAGCGCCUGACGAGGUUGACGCAAGUGAGAGUCCGAGCGCAAAAAUUGGCGAAGGAGGAGGAGAGAUUAGGAGAGAGGAUGGUCAGUAAGAUGGCGCCCAAGAUUCGGAGACGAGAGGAGACGCGAGAGAGGAAGGCCGAGGCGGCGGCGAAGAUUGAGAGAGCCAUUGAAAGAGAGCUUAUAGAGAGGUUGAAAAGUGGAGCUUAUGGCGAGCAGCCACUCAAUGUGGAGGAGAGAGUGUGGAAAAAGAUUAUGAGAGGCCUGGA